AGCAGCGUUCGUGCCACCGUUCUCGAAGCCGGCGCCAUCGAAAUGGGACGAUGCACAGAAGUGGAUUGCCAGCCCGACAACUAACCGAGGGGGAAGUAAGGCCGGCGGAGGGCAGCCGAAGAAGGGUAGUCUGGCGGGACACAUGAACCGACAUGCAGCUGCGAAGGUUGUCUUGGAUGUGGAGGAAGUAGACACCAAGAGGGUGGACGGGUGCCAAGCAAGCAAGCAAGUCGGUGAGAUUAAGAGUGUGAAUUGGCUGGCCGAGCCUUGUCCUGUUCCGGAUUCAGGGAUGAAGCUUGGAGUUGCUGUGGAGAAUUCAGUGGUUGAUUCUGCCGUCAAUCUUAGUUGGCAUGAUUCAUCAACAUCUCUUCAGAGUGCUACAUCAUUUGUGAUGCCUGCACCAACUGUUACGUGCAUGUCGAUCAGAGAUAUGGGCACAACGGGUGUCUUCGGGCUCCCAACUAGCUUCGGUUUAGGGAAGCUUUCGCCACUUCACUAA